AAAGCAGAGAAGAUUGUGAAGAGCUUUAGGCUUCUUUGCCUUUCCUGAAGAUUUCUCUUUGACCAUUUAAUAGCAAAGAGUUUCAGUAAUGCUGCACAGAUAAGAUUGGAUUGUUUUAUUUAUUUAUUUUUUUUACUCUGUCACUGAAAACAGAAGUUAUGUCUCCCAUCCUGCUCUUGUGCAUCUUUUUCUCAGUGAUUUGCCCGGCUGAUUCAGUCCCUGAGAAGCCAAAAAGGUCUGCACUGAACCAGCUGACGCGUACACUGCUGCGCCACUACGACUGCGGGAUCCGGCCUGUCAUCAACUGGACCAGUCCUACCAUGGUCUACAUUGACCUCAUUAUCCAGUCUGUGCUGGAUGUGGAUGGGCAGAUGCAGAAAGUGACCACAAGCAUCUGGUAUCGCCAGAUAUGGAAAGAUGAGUUUCUUGUGUGGGAUCCUGAGGAAUUUGAUGGAAUCACAGAAAUAUCACUUUCAUCAGAUGCCAUCUGGGUGCCUGACGUCAUCAUCAGUGAAUUUGUGGGUGAGGGCAAAUCCCCUGUUAUUCCUUAUGUGUAUGUCAACUCAUCUGGAAUGGUGAAGAACUAUAAACCCAUCCAAAUGGCCUCGGCCUGCGAUUUGGAGAUUUAUGCCUUUCCGUUUGACAAGCAGAACUGCACUCUGACCUUCCGCAGCUGGCUCCACUCAGACUCUAUAUGCACAUCUCUUGGUUGGAUGCUUGCAGUGGAUGAAGUGGACCUGGCUCUUUUGAGAAACCCUGAGGAAAUCGCCACUGACACCCGAGAAUUCAUGAACAAUGGUGAAUGGGAGCUGCUCUCAGUGCCUUCUCAUUACUGGAAGCUUAACUUGGCUAACAAGGAUUAUGCCCACAUCCAGUUUAAUGUACUAAUCCGCCGUCGCCCCCUGCUGUAUGUGGUCAGUGUCCUCAUUCCCAGCAUCUUCCUCAUGAUAGUGGAUGUUAUCAGCUUCUACCUGCCACCAGACAGUGGCACCCGCAUCACGUUUAAAACCAGCAUUCUGCUUGGAUACACUGUAUUCAGGGUUAACAUGAUGGAUGAAAUCCCAGCGACAGCCAUCAAAACACCUCUGAUCGGUGUUUUCUUUGCAGUUUGCAUGGUCCUCCUGGUGCUCAGCUUGGCUAAGUCCAUUUUUGUCGUGAAGCUACUACAUCACAGUCAUGAGGAAGUGAAGGAAAUGUCUAUUAGUGCCUGUUUGCUGGCCAAGUACGGUUCAACUGAGCAGAGCUUCAGCGAGACCUUGUUCACCUCUGUGAGGACGCUGGAUGACCUGGAUCACUCAGGCUACGAGUUUGAUCUAUCUCCUGAGCCAGACCUGUUGUCUCUGACAGAAACCCAGUUCAGCUCACCACAGUUGGAGAAAAUCCUAGAAGAUCUUACCAUCCUUAAACUUUUCCUCCAGGAGGAUGAGAUUGAAGGCAUGGCUCAGAAAGACUGGCUUGCUCUCUGUUACAAAGUGGACAAGUUCCUGUUCCGCAUUUACCUGCUCAUCUUUACCGUAUACUCCAGCACUCUUCUGCUGCUGUGGAGUAGCUGGAGCUCAAGCUGAAGAUCCCCAUACUGAGUACAAGAAAAAGAGAGACAUAUAAAAGGACAAAGUUGAAUGCGAUGAACAUGCUGGGAAACAAUAAGAGUUACUCCAUUUUCUUUAUUUAGCAUGAAAUGCAAUAUUAUAUAAACUAAAAGGGAACGACUGAAUGUCAGAAUGAAUGAAUGAAUGAAUAACAACAUCCCACAGAUCCUGCAAGGGACUGAGACAUCCAUGGACACCCAGAUUGUCUUCACUUGACAUAAAUUUUCUCAUAAAAAACAAAUUGUCAUAGACAGUCCUGGGAUAAUAGGAUCCAAUAUUUAUGUUUAUUAAGUUUGUCAUAUUAUGUACAAUUAAAACAACAACACAAUGAUUAAAGAAAAUUCAAUAAAAAAAAAUUAGAAACAUUAACUCUCAGCAGUGGGGGGCACGGUGGCUUAGUGGUUAGCACGUUCGCCUCACACCUCCAGGGUUG